AUGUAUUCGAGCGUCCAGGAAGCCUGGGAAGCAUGUGACCGCACCGACACGCUGUUCAUCCUCGUCUGCACGGUGUUCUGCUGGCCUAUCAUCCCAGCUGUCGGCCUCGGAUAUUCUGGCUAUUCCACCCGCAGGAGUGGCCUCGCUUCGUUCAUUCCCGCGGUGCUCACCGUCUGUGUAUGCUCCAUACAAUGGUUUGUCGUGGGAUAUACUCUUGCCUAUGGCGGAGGCGCCGGUGUUAUUGGAGACUUUAGCUACGUUCUGCAUCGGGGGGUGCUUGCUGAACCAGUUGGCACGAUUCCGGCGAUCUUGUUUAGCGAGUUCCAGCUGGUCUUCGAGGCAACGGUCUGUGCCAUUGCCGUCGGAGGUGCAUGCGAGCGAGGUCGAAUCUUGCCGCUGGUUCCUUUCAUAUUCCUUUGGUCGACACUGAUUUACUGCCCGCUGGCGCACAUGGUUUGGGGCGGAGGGUUCUUGUCUGAGCUCGGUGUGCUCGACUUCGCCGGUGGUACCCCUGUGCACAUCUGCAGCGGCGCAACUGCCAGCGCCCUCAGCAUUUACUUGUCAUAUCCAAUCGCGAGAUCCCGGAAGUCGCUGGAACGCACGCCCUCGCAUUUGAAGCUGCACCGUCCGCACAACUCCAUGUGUCAGUUGAUAGCCAUGAUCAUCAUCUGGGGCUCCUGGUUGGCAUUUGAUGCCGGAACCACCCUCAGUUUGACUUUCCAAUCGGUGAACGCCCUGUGCGUCACGAAUCUUUGCGCUGCGGCCGGUGCCUUGACUUGGGCCUCCACCACCUACCUCGAAACGGGGCUGUGGUCGCUAGACUCGACGUUCAUGGGCGCGAUCGCUGGGCUCGUCAUGAUCACACCCUCUGCUGGGUUCAUUGACAUGCCCACCUCGUUGUUCUUUGGAAUUUUCGGUGCGCUGAUCUGCCGUCAAGCUCUGCGCAUCAAGUUCACAGACUUUGCUAGGCGGUGGAGAUGGGUUGACAAUGGAGACACAUUCGCCACGCAUUGUGUUGGAGGGUUCCUUGGGACCAUUUGCACUGGACUCUUCGCGCAGAAAGCUGUUGCGGCUUAUGGCGGUGUUGAGGUCGAUGGUGGUGUCUUCUUUGAUGGGAAUAUUCGACAGCUGGGAAUCCAGAUUGUGGAGGCUUUGAUUGGUUUCAGCUGGUCCUUCUUCGGAUCCUAUGCCAUCAUUGCUCUGAUUGAUUGCGUUCCAGGACUUGAAGUGUUGGCAACCGACAAGGAGGUGACCAUGGGCAUGGAUGCGUCACAGAUGGACGAGAGCCUAUACGAAGCGCAGUGGGCUGGCGAAGAGGACUACAAACCCCUUCCUCUAGGCAAUAUCGCUCUCGAUUAA